AAAAAACUCAAUGCUUCCGGUAUCUGCCGCGUCGUGCGAUUGGUUUCUGGAAAUUCGAUGCAGUGGCGAAAUUCGUCAUGGAGAAAUAAUUUUAGACCUCAAUCAAGUAUUGUUGACUCAAGGGACUAACUUUAAGUGUGUGUGAGUUUUAUGCAGACUGUUAACCGUGAAUUGAAUUAUGAUAACCAAAAUGCAACCUCAAGCGAAUGUUGCCGUGCCACAAUCUGUCACAACGCAGCCCCAACAAAUAGUCGGUGUUCCAGCGAAUGCCGUGAUCCUGAAAAUGUCGGAUAUUCAGCAAAUAUCUACAGUGGGACUAUUGGAACUGGCACAUCGUGAGUACCAAGCGGGAGAUUAUGAAAGCGCAGAACUGCAUUGCAUGCAGCUAUGGCGUCAGGAUGGCACGAACACUGGUGUUCUCCUUCUACUGUCUUCCAUCCACUUCCAGUGUCGCCGGCUGGACAAGUCUGCGCACUUCUCCACACUGGCUAUCAAACAGAAUCCUUUACUUGCAGAAGCUUACAGUAACCUAGGCAAUGUGUACAAAGAGAGAGGACAACUCCAAGAGGCAUUGGAGAACUACAGGCACGCGGUGAGGCUAAAGCCUGACUUCAUUGAUGGGUACAUCAACCUGGCCGCGGCCCUUGUGGCUGCCGGGGACAUGGAACAGGCCGUCCAAGCUUACGUCACUGCAUUACAGUAUAACCCUGACCUUUACUGCGUUAGGAGCGACUUGGGCAAUUUGCUCAAGGCCCUCGGCCGCCUGGACGAGGCUAAGGUGUUGUCUGGUAAGACAGUAGGUGUGACCGGAGCUGUAUCUAGCUGGGUUACGGUUGGUACCACACUCGCAUUCCCGCCGCGAUGACAGCAUGCCUGCAGCAGGCUUGUUACUUGAAAGCCAUAGAAACGAGGCCAGACUUUGCAGUCGCAUGGAGUAACUUGGGAUGCGUGUUUAACGCACAAAGUGAGAUCUGGUUGGCAAUACACCACUUUGAAAAAGCAGUGGCCUUGGACCCUAAUUUCUUGGAUGCUUACAUCAACUUGGGAAACGUUCUCAAGGAGGCGAGAAUAUUUGACAGGGCUGUAGCGGCUUACUUACGCGCUCUAAAUCUAUCGCCCAAUAACGCCGUCGUCCACGGCAAUCUGGCGUGCGUAUACUAUGAACAAGGACUGAUUGACUUGGCUAUCGACACAUACAGGCGGGCCAUAGAACUGCAACCCAACUUCCCUGACGCGUAUUGUAACUUGGCAAAUGCACUAAAAGAGAAAGGCCAAGUGGCUGAUGCGGAGGAGUGUUACAAUACAGCUCUACGACUAUGCCCCUCCCACGCAGAUUCGCUUAAUAACUUGGCCAAUAUCAAACGCGAGCAAGGUUUUAUCGAAGAAGCGACGCGGCUGUACCUGAAAGCACUAGAAGUUUUCCCAGAAUUUGCUGCUGCACACAGCAACUUGGCCUCUGUACUGCAACAGCAAGGCAAGCUCAAUGAAGCUCUUAUGCAUUACAAGGAGGCGAUCCGGAUUCAGCCGACCUUCGCCGAUGCCUACAGCAACAUGGGCAAUACCCUCAAGGAAAUGCAAGACGUGGCUGGCGCUUUACAGUGCUACACUAGAGCCAUUCAAAUUAACCCUGCGUUCGCCGACGCUCACAGCAACCUGGCUAGCAUCCACAAAGACUCGGGCAAUAUCCCCGAGGCUAUACAGUCAUAUAGAACGGCACUGAAGCUCAAGCCAGAUUUCCCUGAUGCAUAUUGCAACCUGGCCCACUGUCUUCAGAUUGUGUGCGACUGGACGGACUACGAAGCGCGCAUGAAGAAGUUGGUCAGCAUUGUCGCUGAACAACUCGAAAAGAAUAGGCUCCCGUCGGUUCAUCCGCAUCACUCGAUGCUUUACCCGUUGACGCACGACUUCAGGAAGGCUAUUGCGGCUCGCCACGCCAACUUAUGUUUGGAAAAAGUCCAGGUUCUCCACAAGCCACCUUACAAGUUCCCGCGCGAGUUACAAGGCCGACUCCGCAUCGGCUACGUGAGCAGUGACUUCGGGAACCACCCGACUUCUCAUUUGAUGCAAUCGGUACCUGGUCUUCACGAUCGUACUAAGGUCGAAAUCUUCUGCUAUGCUCUAAGCCCAGAUGAUGGCACGACCUUCCGCUCCAAGAUCGCUAGGGAAGCGGAGAACUUCAUUGAUCUCUCCCAAAUGCCGUGCAACGGGAAAGCCGCUGACAAAAUAUAUGGUGACGGUAUUCACAUUCUUGUCAACAUGAAUGGUUACACGAAAGGCGCGAGGAAUGAAAUAUUCGCAUUGAGGCCGGCACCGGUUCAGGUCAUGUGGCUGGGCUACCCGGGAACGAGUGGCGCGAGUUAUAUGGACUACCUGGUCACAGAUGCAGUCACAUCCCCAGUAGAACUGGCCAGUCAAUACAGCGAGAAGUUGGCUUACAUGCCGCAAACAUACUUCGUUGGUGACCACAAGCAAAUGUUCCCGCAUUUGCAGGAGCGCCUUAUUCUCAGUGACAAAGUGAAGUCUCAUAACAGCUUGGGCAUUGUAGCUGACAAUGUAGCGGUGAUUAACGCUACUGACCUCUCGCCAUUGGUGGAAACUACGGAUAUCAAAGAAAUCAAGGAGGUGGUCAGGGCGGCAAGGCCUGUGGAAAUCUCAUUGAAAGUGGCGGAAUUGCCUACUACUACUCCAAUCGAAACUAUGAUCGCUUCGGGACAAGUUCAGACAUCAGUCAACGGCGUAAUCCUCCAAAACGGCCUAGCGACGACUCAGACCAACAACAAAGCGGCGACAGGCGAGGAAGUGCCACAGUCUAUCGUUAUCACGACGCGGCAGCAAUACGGCUUACCAGACGAGGCGGUUGUGUACUGCAACUUCAACCAGCUGUACAAGAUCGAUCCGCUGACGCUGCAUAUGUGGGUGUACAUUCUGAAGCACGUGCCGAACAGUGUGCUGUGGCUGUUAAGAUUCCCAGCGGUGGGCGAGCCGAAUCUACAAGCCACUGCGCAGCAACUGGGUCUUCCGCCCGGCCGCAUAAUCUUCUCCAACGUAGCAGCGAAGGAGGAACACGUGCGACGCGGUCAACUAGCGGACGUGUGCCUCGACACGCCGCUGUGUAAUGGACAUACCACCAGCAUGGACAUAUUGUGGACUGGCACGCCUGUCGUCACGCUGCCUGGCGAGACGCUGGCCUCCAGAGUGGCAGCUUCACAACUUAACACACUUGGAUGCCCUGAGCUGAUUGCGAGGACAAGACAAGAAUAUCAAGACAUAGCUGUAAGACUAGGAACUGAUAGGGAAUAUUUAAAAGCGAUCCGCGCGAAAGUGUGGACGGCCCGGACGGAGAGUCCAUUGUUCGACUGCAAGGCAUACGCGACCGGUCUGGAGAUGCUUUACCAGCGUAUGUGGCAGCGGUUCGCGCGAGGCGACCGCCCCGACCACAUACAGGCCGCGGACAAAUAGGCGAGCGCGCCCGCCAACUCCGCCAAGAAGCGACGCUGGUGCUAAGCGGACACAGACCUGAUCAGUACGUUUGUUUUGUGGUAGUGGCUAUAUUAAGACUCGUGUACACAUCAGACUAAAUUUUAGUGCUAAAAUCGCUCUUAUUAUUACUAAAUAAGAUGCCAAGUGUUUAGUUUGAUGCCGUUGUGUCAAAGUAUGCGCAUGAGUUGGUCUUGUUGAUGACUACGUAAUUCCAUGAGAAAUACGCAAUUGAUGUCUCAUAGCUUUGUCAAUGGAGACGAGCCCUGAGACACGUGGGUAGCGAAGGGACACGUCCCUAUUUUAUACCCAGUUUAAAUUCAACUCUUGCGCAUAUUUUAUGAUGAUACAGUUGUUUAAAGUCCACCACACUUCCAUUUGCACUGUAGUCUUGUCACUUAUACUGGCUGGUCUAUUAGAAUGACAGCAGAAACGACGAGAUUUAUUUGUAACAACAUUGUUUAUUUGCUUAUUUAUAAACUGAUCAGGUCUGAUGUUAUUGCUUGACAGAGUGACUGUGAACAAAAUGACUCUUGAACAAAGUGAUAAGUGAGGAUCGUGCAGAAAAGAAGGCAGAACUGAAGGACAUUUUGUAGUGUUAGCAUUAACAUUUUAAGCAAUAUCUAAAAUUGGAAGCCACAGGAUCAUCCACAAACAUGUCGUUUUGACAGUUUUCUAGUCAAGGGCCAACAAAUAGGUUUAAAGCCUUUUGAUCUAAAAUAUUUGCCCCAUUGUGUAGUGAUCUUUUGCUAAUUGCAAGUAGAAAACUUAUUUACUUUUUGUCAAUAUGUAACCAUUAGAGUAAAGAGUUGUGGCCUUGCUGUGCUUACUUAAUGUGUUGAAAAAUAGAAUUAAUGAGUUUCCCAGUCAGAUACUGAAAGAAAACUUACUCAAACCAAAUUAAAACAAAAAUUCAAUGGGUUUUAAAUGAACUUUAGUUUGAAAAACUCUUGGUAGUUGAUAUUAAUGUGGCUGUGUGAAACUUAUGUAAAGUUAUUGCCAACAUAUAUUUUUCUAUUAUCAUUAUUGAGUCAGCAGCACCAUUAUUGACUGCAGUUGUCCCACUUUGGCUGUUUACAAACUUUUGCUUAUACCAUUACCAUAAGUAUAUUGUAUUCAUAAGAAACUUAGGACACCUUAGGCAACGUGUGAAUGGUCAUGGCCACAAAUAUUGAGAAAGUAUCAUCAACUACUAAGCAAUACCAUCGCAAUUGGGAUCUUGCUUUGAAUGAAAGGAAUUGAGAAUGUAUUUUGAAAGAUCUGUCUCUUUAUCUACUUGUGACGAAAUUCAAUUAACUUUAGGAAUAUCUAUAUUUUUUCUAUAGAAAAGUUUUACUUAAAACUUUAUUUUUAUAUUAUAUCGUGUGACUGCUUUUGUAGGUUUUAGCUGUGCGAUAUAACCAUGAAAUUGGAAGACAUGAUUUGUUAUUAACUAACAUAAAUAUAAUUUAUUUUUCUCUAUUUUUGAUUUAAUGUGCUGUUGUGUUAUGGAUUU